UCUUCUUUUCGAUCUUCCGGGUUUUGCAGAAAAAAAAACCACUCCUUUUGGGUUUUGUCGUGAGAAUCUUGGUUGUGAGCUAUUCGAUUAAUCCAGAAUCAAUGGCAACAGAAAGAAACUUGAAGAUUAAAACAUCGACGGUGAAAAGGAUUGUGAAAGAGCUUCACUCUUAUGAGAAAGAGGUUGAGAGAGAAGCUGCUAAGACUGCUGAUAUGAAAGACAAAGGAGCUGAUCCAUACGACCUUAAACAACAGGAGAAUGUGUUGGGUGAGUCAAGGAUGAUGAUUCCUGAUUGUAACAAACGUCUUGAGGCUGCAUUAGCUGACCUCAAGUCCACUUUGGCAGAAUUGGAAGAGAUGGUUGAGAAAGAAGGUCAAGAGAUUGAAGAUGCAAAGAAGACAGUCGUGGACGUUGAGAAGCAGUUUCACACCGAAGAUGUCAGAUUGUAGUAGCAGUUCUCAAACAACUUGUUUUUGUUGUUGUUAGAUUUCCUCUACUUGAAAAUGUUUCUCUUUGUAUUUUUACUUUUGAAAUCUCAAUGAAAUUAUUAAAAUCUCCAAAAAUCUAUAGCUUAAAUU